UUCUUUAUUGCAGUGUACAAGUAUUUAUAGAAACCACAUAGUUAUUGUUUUUUGCUUUCAUCGAAUGCAUGCUUGAUGUUCUACAAAAAAAGGAAACUUCAGCAGCAACAAUUUUCAGAGUCUCUAAGUUCUACAUAAAUUGAAGAAUGGGCUGCAUUUAUUCCAUGCCAUUAACAAAGUCAGAGAGUUACAGUAAAGAAACCACUCAAAGAAUCAAAUGGAGUUCCAACUUACCAGAAGAACUCAAUUCUAAGGGUGGUGGUGAGAAACGCUCUGCCCUUCUCAGCUCUGCGAGUUAUGCGUCGAGAAUGAUUGCACCAGAAGGGCCUGAAAAGAAUUCAACCAUUGUGCCCGAGGAAUUUGUGACUCGAUCAUCAUGUGCUAAUGAUGUUGAAGUCAUCAAUGCGUGGGAAUUGUGGGAUGGUUUGGAAGAAGAAGAAGAAGAAAAAGAAGAGCAUCACCAAGAAUUGAGGGAGGAAAAGUCCACCUACGCUCAGACUAACGAUGAUGAGGUUGAGAAAGUUGAUUAUAAGUUCGUUGUAAUUAGCAAAAACUUGGAAGUAGAGAUUGCAACUCCUACGAAAGAUGAGAGUUUGACCAGGAACAAAUCAAUGGAGAAUGUAGGACAGAUGAAAGAUGAUGAAAUAAAACAAGCGCUACAAAGCUAUGAAGCUUCAAUUGCUGCCAUGGAGAAAAGGGACAAGGAGGAUGAGCUCAAAGAUGAAACCGGUGCAGAGCAAGAAGCAACUUUGAAGGAGGUUGGAGUAGUGAAAGAGGAAAGUGACAAGGAGGAUGAGCUCAAAGAUGAAGCCGGUGCAGAACAAGAAGCCACUUUGAAGGGGGUUGGAGUAGUCAAAGCUGAGUUUACAAAGAAUACGAGCUUGAAGGACUGGCUUCGACAAGGAAGCAAAGGGAAGCACCCCCGUUUCUCCAUUGCCUCAAGGUUCGGUAGUUUUGCGUUUCCAGAGCUAGGAUUUGUUAAUGAAAGAGACGAGGAACCGGUGUUUGAUCCUCAGAUGCUUGCACAGUUUGAGCAAGCCAUGGAUCAAUUAAAUACAGAUGAGGAAUUUCUACUUGAAGAGAUCAUAAAGAGAUUGGGACAAAACCAGGAGAAAGAGAUGAUCAAAAGCACGGAGUAGCUGAAUGAGCAGAUUCAAGCACAGGAUACUGUAAAUUCAGGGUGUUAUUGUUUUGAUGCCUUUGUUUUCUAAAAAUUUGUUGGUUCAUGCUUGAUGUAAAGUUUGACCUUUCUCCUUUGGUCAAAAAGUCCAUGGUUGCUUUACACGGACAGUCUACACAAUCAUUCUCUAAUCAAAUCCAACCGACCAAAUCCAUAACAUGAACAGAGAUACAAAACAAAUACAGCAA